AAUGCAUGAAGCUCUGACAGUUGUGUGUUUCUUCUCUCAGGUGCAGUUUGACUUGGUGGUCGCAGCGUUCACACUGUCAGAGCUUCCUCAUGCGAAGGAGCGAGAAGAGGCGGUGAUGACUCUGUGGAGGAAAACAAGCUCCUAUCUGGUGUUGGUGGAAAAUGGGACCAAAGAAGGACAUCAGAUGCUUAUGGAGGCCAGAGACACUUUACUGAAGAAACGAGAGAAGACCGUCCUCGACACCAGACCGGCUUCAGUGUUCGCGCCGUGUCCGCAUGAGCUGAAGUGUCCGAAGAUGACCAGAGAGACCACCAACCCCUGCAACUUCAACCAGCUGUACCAUCCUCUGCCUCUCUCGGGGCACAACGACCGUCAGACGGAGAAGUUCAGCUACCUGAUUAUGGCUCGGACAGACCCGACAGAGGCAGAGACAGACGACGUGGACUGGGCGAGGAUUGUAGCUCCGGUGCAGCGCAGAACAAGACACGUCCACUGCAGGAUGUGCUGCCCAGACGGACAAAUACAACACCUGGUGGUGACGGCCCGAAAACACAGCAGAGACGUGUACCGCUGCGCCCGGAACAGCGACUGGGGAGAUCAGCUGCCGAUACCUCAGCAAGUUGAGGAAGACAUCCAAAGUGAUUCGGAGUGAUGAUUCAGCGAGGAAGAAAGAAACAGACACAAAUCACUCUGUAGACUAUUGAAACCAUGGCAACGCCCUGAAACUCUGAUAAGACCCCCGUCUGAAGCAGACCAGUUUUUCUCAUUUUCUCCAGAUCUCCACUGGCUAUAGUAUGGUUGACAUAUUCAGUUUUGAUUCUCCAAUGUCCGACAGAUCAUGUUUAACUGUUUCCAUCUGUCCACACUGACACUUCCUGUCUGGAUGCUUCCUGAUCAGUGCCAGCCCACUCUUUACCCUGCAGUGUCCAAGUCUUAGCCUCAAUAGCUUGACCUCAUCCUCCUUUCCCCCCACUUGUUUUCGGAGCCCCAUGAGUUACGGAUGGUUGUAUUGAAUAAAAGUGUCUUCCUUUUU